UGCAAAAAUUGUUUCGUGAUUUUAAAUCAUAAUUUUAUUCCCUUUUGAAGAUUUGAAAAUAAUUGUUGAAAAUUCUUAUAUAUUGCCCCCAUGCGCCGCCCCUGCGCUCGCCGACAUACCUGCGGCCCGGACCUAGCCGAAGUUGUGUGGGAACGCGCCGAGUGCACCAUCUCACAUCCCCACUCCUCCUAAGCUCAGAGCUACUGAGACGUGCGCCGAAAGCUCAGCAUCAACGCACACCGCGAUCGAACACGUCCCAAAUCGGUCGAUACCCAAUUGUGUGUGAUUUGUUUCCCAAGAUGGUCACGGGAACUACCAACACUCCAGUGGUGCAACCCAACGCCGUACCAUCGACCAACAACCAGAUGGAAAUGGCAGCGGUCACCAAACGCGUCAGUGAUAAUCGAAGGAGUAAUAAACCCAUCAUGGAAAAACGGAGGCGGGCGAGGAUCAAUAACAGUUUGAAUGAGUUGAAGACACUUAUUUUGGAUGCGAUGAAAAAAGACCCGGCCCGCCACUCCAAAUUGGAGAAAGCCGACAUCCUGGAAAUGACCGUCAAACACCUCCAAAACCUCCAACGCCAGCAGGCGGCGAUGUCCGCCGCCACCGACCCCUCCGUUGUGAGCAAAUUCAGGGCCGGCUUCAGCGAAUGCGCCACUGAAGUGGGCCGCUUCCCCGGCUUGGACCCCGUGGUGAAGCGUCGUCUGUUGCAACACCUCGCCAGUUGCCUCAAUCAGGCCCCCAAGGAGCCCCAGGUCCAGGUGAUCGUCCCCGACGUGGCCCCCAACAACAUCAUCCUGGGGAACGGCGCCGGGGUGCAACUGGUGCCCACGCGACUGGCCAACGGGGACAUAGCGCUGGUCCUGCCCUCGCAAGGGGCCUCGCCCUUGCCCCUGCUGGUGCCCAUUCCGCAGAGGACGGCGUCCACGGCGUCGGCGUCCUCGGCGUCGAACUACUCGCCGAGUCACAGUCCCGAGCCGGAGACAGUGAGGCCGCUGUCGCUGGUGGUGAGGAGGUGCGAGGAGCCCUCGGAGGAGAAGCCCUGGAGGCCGUGGUAGAAAGUGAUGUGAUUCAGUGCUUUUUUGUGAUAAUUGAAAUUGAGGAUUGCCAUGUUGUAUAUAUUGUUUAUUUUUUUAUAAAAAAUGGUUAAAUUAUUUAUAGGUUAGGGAGUUAAGUACAAGUUUAUUACUGCAAAGUGCCUUAUCAACAGCAAGAUCAUUCAUGUCUUCCAGUUGGUAAUAUUUACUAUUUUAUAUUUAUAUUAAAUUGUAUUCUAUUUUAUUAUUUGCUAAUAAAACUGAUAUUUUCAUAGAA